CCGAAAUCAUGGCUCGCCUCAGAGAAGCAGCUGUAUUGGCCGCUAACGAUGCCUCACGCAGAAAGAGGACGCUUCUUUAACUCGGGGUGUUAAUGGGGAGUUUCUAAGCCUGAAAACAACAGCUUUAGCUCUGGGGUGUGCCAUCAGCUGCUUGCAGUUUACCACUGUCUACUGCUUUAGCACAGCUUGGUCGGGAAGAAUGGAAACUAAAGAGGCUUGUAACUACCUGUAACUGUUCCACCAGGAAAUGGAUCAAGUGUUUGUUCAGCCAGAUCCAGCUUCUUCAAGGUGCAACCACCAUGAUCUCAGCAGGCUGAUGAUGGAAGAGCAGGAACCUGGGAGACCCUGUGCUCUAGCUUCCCUGGACGAUGGAUGGAGGACCGCCUGUCCCUUCACCCCUAGUGCCCCUUGGGAACGUUUCAUCAGAUUCUAGCAUGUCUCUGGAGCAGAAAACCACAUUUGUUUUUGUGAUUUUGUUGUUUAUUUUCUUGGGCAUCCUCAUAGUCAGGUGCUUCCGGAUUCUUCUGGACCCGUAUCGGAGCAUGCCAACCUCGACCUGGGCUGACGGACUUGAGGGCCUGGAGAAAGGGCAGUUUGACCAUGCCCUUGCUUAACAGGACAGGAGCAGGAACCCAUCCUGAGGAGGAGAAAUGCUUCAUGUCUUGGCGCAGGAUUCUCUUUAGUCAACGUUCUCAGCAACUCAAAUUUUAACCAUAUCUGGUUCUAGAACCACAAUCCAUUUAUUCAGUGAACUUUUGAGGAUAUUGGAAAUGGAGGUUUAUAUUCCUAACCCAAAAUAGGAAGGUUUAAAUUUCAAUAUUUACUCAAUGAAUGAAUGUUGAAUGUGUGUGACUGGUGAAACUGAGAACAUCUAUAGUGACUUUGCCUAAAAUGAAGCCCUACAGGACCUGACCAGAGAAAAAGACUAGAAAUGAUCUGAUCUGAAUCUGAUGGCAGGGCCAAAACAGACUUCCUUGUUCUAAUCAUGUCUCCCAGUUUGUUUUAUUUUCAUGGGAAUCUGGGUCCUGGGCAGAGAAUGAGGAAGAAGUUGCUGAGUGGACCCAAAGCAGGUACUUGUUUUCUCCUAAAGCAAAGAGCACUGGAGGGCAAUAGGAAUGCUUAGAAGAGGUGGUUGAUCCCUGGAAAAUAUGGGUGAGGAUGAUGUCAUUUUACUUUUCAAAUAAAAUUGAAUUCAAAGGCUUAUGGAGGUUUUAAAACUAUUUACCAGGCCAAGUACAUUCUAGGUAUUCAUAUUAAUAACAUGCGUAGAGGUAGCUAUACAUAACCUGAAUUUACUUUCUUUGCACAGUUGGUUGAAAUAAUAGGUUGCAAGUACUACUUCAACUUUUCUUUUAAAGAAAAAGUUAAUUGUUUAGAGGAGAAGACUUUUACAGUCUUAAGAGGAAUGUGUGUUUAUGACUGAAUAGAAACCAAAUAAAACUUUUCAAGAAACA